UUCCCACUCUCCCUCUUUCUCUAUAUAUCCUUUUGUGUACGAACCAAAACGCGCAUUCAACUGAAUCCACAAAUCAUUACACCCUCCCUCUUGACUCUUGACUCUCCCUUCUCUUUCCAAGUCCACUACCCCAAAACGAUGGCGCUGCCGGAGUGCUCGGCGGCGAACCUAGCGCAGCUCAUCGGCCCCAACGCGACAGACGCCGCCGCAGUCGCCGGAUUCAUCUGCGACCAGUUCACCGCCGUGGGUCAACGAUUCUCCGACACAGCAUUCGCGGUGGACAGCACCUACCUCCUCUUCUCCGCCUACCUCGUAUUCUCGAUGCAGCUCGGCUUCGCCAUGCUCUGCGCCGGCUCCGUCCGCGCCAAAAACACCAUGAACAUCAUGCUCACCAACGUCCUCGACGCCGCCGCCGGCGGCCUCUUCUACUAUCUCUUCGGUUUCGCCUUUGCCUUCGGCGCACCCUCCAACGGCUUCAUCGGCCGCCACUUCUUCGGCCUCAAAGACGUCCCCACCGUAGCCUUCGACUACAGCUACUUCCUCUACCAGUGGGCGUUUGCCAUCGCCGCCGCCGGGAUCACCAGCGGCUCAAUCGCUGAACGCACACAGUUCGUUGCCUACCUCAUCUACUCGUCGUUCCUCACCGGGUUUGUCUACCCCGUCGUGUCUCACUGGUUCUGGUCCGGCGACGGUUGGGCCAGCGCCACCAACACCGGGAACUUGCUGUUUGGCACCGGGGUGAUUGAUUUUGCCGGGUCGGGUGUGGUUCACAUGGUUGGUGGUGUUGCGGGUCUUUGGGGCGCGCUUAUUGAGGGACCCAGGAUUGGCCGGUUUGACCAUGCCGGUCGAGCCGUUUCGCUUCGCGGACACAGUGCUUCGCUUGUUGUGCUUGGAACCUUCAUGCUCUGGUUCGGUUGGUACGGUUUUAACCCCGGUUCGUUCACCAAGAUUCUCAGCGCCUAUGAUUCAGGCAACUAUUAUGGUCAGUGGAGCGCAAUAGGAAGGACCGCCGUAACGACAACAUUGGCUGGCUGCACGGCGGCGCUGACCACCCUUUUCGGGAAAAGAAUUAUCUCCGGCCACUGGAACGUCACCGACGUAUGCAACGGCUUACUCGGCGGGUUCGCAGCAAUCACCGCCGGUUGCUCCGUCGUGGAGCCCUGGGCAGCCAUCGUGUGCGGCUUCGUCGCCGCAGUGGUGCUUAUCGCGUGCAACAUGCUCGCAGAAAAGGUGCGUUACGACGACCCCUUAGAGGCAGCUCAGCUUCACGGCGGUUGCGGCGCGUGGGGGAUCAUAUUCACCGCGCUAUUCGCCAAGGAGGAGUACGUGAACCAGGUUUACCCGGGUAAACCGGGUCGGCCAUACGGGUUGUUCAUGGGUGGUGGAGGGAAGCUGCUCGGAGCGCACGUGAUCCAGAUUUUGGUGAUUAUCGGGUGGGUCAGCGCCACAAUGGGUCCUCUGUUCUUCAUUCUGAAUAAGAUGAAGUUGCUUCGGAUCUCAACGGAGGAUGAACUUGCGGGUAUGGAUCUGACCCGACAUGGUGGGUUUGCAUAUGCAUAUGAGGAUGAUGAAUCGCACAAGCCAGGGAUUCAGCUACGGAAGAUUGAACCUAACUCUUCUUCCACUCCUAGUGCUGAGUCAUGAUAAUAAUUAGUAGUAAUAAUUUCGUUUUGUAUUUUUCCACUCUUUGUGUUCUAGAUAUUUUUCUUUCUUUUCUUUUGUAGUAGUAGUUUGUACGGGCAUUGUAAUUUGUAUUGGUCCUACACCUACAUUUGUGUGCUGUGCUGGAUUCUAUACAGCGUUGAUGAAAAUAUAAAAGAUAGGUGAAUUCUACCGUA